UGAAAAUGCACUGUAGCAAAGUGAAGCAAGGCAAACGUCCAGCUGUGGCUGAGUGAGUCUGCUUUCAUUUUGUUGAAGAGAAGACACGACUUCGACUGGAACUCUGCUGAAAGACGUCUCGUUGACGGGCGGCCACUGGACGUUUAGAUGCUGCUGAUGAUGUCUUUAUGCGCCUCUGUGGUUUGAGGGUCCGUGCGCCUGGACGCGUACCUCUACAAUUCCUCCAGCAUGGAAAAGUUCAGCAAAAUCGCGGCGCCGGCAGGAGAAAAAUUCAGGCAACUUCAGAAAAUGGUCCAUGAUAUUAAGAAGAAUGAUGGGGGCUUGAUGAACAAAUUCAGAAAGUUUCAAAAUGAGCAAGUGGCUUUAAUACGCAAAACUGGAAAAAACACGUGGGACCGGCUAAGAAUAAAAAAUCUACCCACAGUACCACCAAGGGACUAUAACCCAGACGAUGAUGAACAAGAUGAGGAAGAGUGGUCAGAAAAUGAAUUUGAUAGCGAUUAUGAAAAUCCUGAUACUGGAACAUAUGAAGUUCCCCUGGAAGAAAAUGAUGAAAACUAUGAGCCACCUCCUGUAGUGAAAAAGAGUGUUACAUCUGCCUUUUCACAAAACAGAGAAGAAUAUGCAGACAACAGAUCCGAAAGCACAAAACAACCACCCAGAAAGCCUUUUCCCAUUCCAGCUUCAUCAAUGAGUAAAUCAAGAUUUUCUAAUGUGCCUCAAAAAGCUUCUGUUUGUACAAAGCCGUUUCCUCCAAAACCCCAGCUUGAAGAAGCUGAUGAUAAUGACUAUGUUUGCCCUAAGGAGGAAGAAGAAAAUGACGAUAACUAUAUUGAACCCAAUGAAGAGCUACCUUCAGCAACUUCACAUGCCCCACCUGUUAUUAACAGAAAACUAAAGCCUAAAACUCGGGAUGCUGGUCAGACAGCCACAAAAGAUGAUGGUGAUCCAGAUGUUUACGAAGUGCCAGAUUUAGAGGAUGAUUCACCACCUGUAAUGAGGAAAAACAAGUCUCCUCCCAAAACUAUUCCAUGUUUACUCCCAAAAGUGGAAAAUAGACAACCAUUUCAUGGAAUAAAAAAAGCUCCUGUACCUGAGCCCACAGAUGAUCAAGAAUAUGAAGUCUGCGAUCCUGAUGACAGUCACAGUACAGCUAAUGGAUUCAGUAAACCAAUACCACAACCAAGAGAAACGAGGAAACCAGCAAUACCAACAAAACCUGAGCAUCAACAAAGCAGCAGUUUAAAAAGUAAAGAGGAUAUAUUGAAGCCAAAUUUUCUCCCUCGACCCAAUAUACUUCCAAAUAAAGAACAAAAACCUGCAUUGUCACUUCCCACCCACCCAAAGAUUCCACAACCAAAGCAACAUACUUCUUCCCUAACAAAGAAUUCUUAUGUAUUAAAGCAAAAUAACUUCCCAGGAAAUGGUGCAAGCUCUACAGAUAUGGAGGCUGGAGUUUACGGCAAGAAUUGGUACGCCAGUUCAAGUGACCGCAAGAUCGCGGAGGAGGCCCUUGUUAAACUGAAUAAGGAUGGAUCAUUCCUUGUGAGAAAAAGCUCAGGACAGGAUGCUAAACAACCGUACACUUUAGUAGUCUUCUAUAAAGGAAAAGUGUAUAACAUUCCAGUUCGGUGUAUUCAGUCAUCUCAUCAGUAUGCUCUCGGAAAGGAAAAAACUGGAGAAGAGCGUUUUAAUAGUGUAGCAGACAUCAUUGAGAACCAUCAGUCGUCCCCGCUGGUGCUAAUUGACAGCCAGAACAACACCAAAGAUUCGACCAAACUGAAGCAUCCAGUGAAAGUGUAAAUGAACUACUGCAAGGUGUGGAAGACCCGCGGCCCACCAACCAACUUCACCUAAAUUAGAAUGACUCCACAAAGACCUACCACUGGUGGGCUCGGAGCACAAGGACUCUCCUCAAGUGUUCAAAAAGGAUUUUAACCGCAUGGCACUGCUUGAGUGUUGAACUGAGAUGAACUUGAGCAGUGAAGGACCUACAAUGCUACAACCGUCUAAAAGACAAACUGUGGCACAAAGACUGGCAUCUUGCCUGCCAACCUUAAUCGCUGAAGUAAAUCGUAAAGGACCAGAAAGAAAUUGCAUGUGUAGGUGGUCUUGCAGUAAUGGGACAUUUGUCAACACUUUGAAUUCACCGUGUGACUAACAUUUUAAAAGCUACAUUUUACUAAUUUAUCCAACUUCUUUAAUUGUAGUUUUCUUCAUUUGAAUAAUACAGCAUGUCCAAGACAGUGUAUUAUAAACGUGGUUUUGUGUCCUUAGUUUUCACACUUUGGGUUAAUUUGUAUGUAAAGAUGUGCAAUAUGUUCCAGAAAGCAAAAUGUUUAGAUGUUUUAUCAAUUUGUACACAGGAAAAUUCCUGAAAAGCCCACAGCAACUGAAUCUCAACGCCACAGCAGGAAUCACCCGAGGGUAUCACGAGGACUUCGCUCAGCUUUCCUUGUUUAAUUAUAAUUUGCACCAAUGUUGCGUUUUUUUGUAAUACUGUGUGUGUGUAUGUAUAUGUGUGUGUGUGUGUAUAUAUAUAUAUAUAUAUAUAU